AUGUUUGCAUCCAAGUGGCAUUAUACGUUCUUUGGUCUAGACACAUUCAACAGCAUCGCAACUGCAAUAAUAUCGCAGAUCUACGGUAUAUAUUUCUUGCUACGGAUUCACAAGCUGGCUAAAGCAUUCUACCGUAUUGCGACGGGGACCAGUGAGAUAUACAGGCUCAUAGAUGUCGCGAUAGCUAAUGGAGAAGCUAGAACAGAGACUUCUAUACCACAAUCUUCUGGAGCCUCCACUCCAACCUCCUCGAAUGACACAUCAUCAGCAACCACUUUGAUACCGUCUGACGAUGGUCACUCAUUACACGUGAUGAAUUCGGCUAUAGGCAGACCGCUGGGUGUCGUGUCUCCCAAAGUCAUCUUCAGAAUCGAUCGAGCCAUACUGUUUUCAAACAAGCUAGAGAUGGAAAGACGCCAGUUGGAACUCAAAGAUGGACGAUGGGAUCUAGCAGUGAAGGGAAUCAUGGAGAAGAAACUCUUUCCCGAUAGAUCCAAUCUUUUUACCCCACACGCUACAGUUCUUAGAAUUGUCGUCAACAAUAUCGGAGCAACUUAUAAUCUCUUGCAUGAUCUGAAUGCACGAGCAGCUACAAAAUACGAAUCCAACAUGAAGUCUUCGGAGCGCAAACUUCUGGAGUUAUGGGAGCUGUUGAUGCCAAACGAGAGAUUAGAAGGUAGAAUAACAAAACAGUGGCAAAAGAUUGGAUUCCAGGGUAGCGAUCCAGCUACAGACUUUCGAGGAAUGGGGAUGUUAGGGCUGGAUGAUCUACAUUAUUAUGCCAAGAAUCAUCCAAAGUCGGCAGCAAGAGUCUUGUCUAGCUCGCAUCACGACACGACAUGGUUCUCAUUCGCCAUCGUUGGCAUCAACAUUACCAAAUUUGCAUUGACUCUCGUGAGGACAAGACAAGCAAACCAUUUUUUCUACAGUUAUGGUAUCUCGAAGGACGUGUAUCAAGAGUUAUAUUGUUAUCUAUUUGAUGGUUUUGAACGUUUCUGGACAUCUUACUCAGAUACGAUUACCGUCAUGGAUUUUUCACGUAUUUUUGACAAGUACCAAGCUCGAGUCGAGCGAGAACUAUGGGAACGACGCGAAACAGUCUUGGACCCCAACUCGACGAAUUUGCUGAGGUCAAAGAAGAAUCGAUAG